AUGAGGUGCGCCGAUUCAUCGUACCACUCCGGAUCUUGGAGUUUCCCAUCUAGGUGCAGCAGGCUAAAGUGGUCGAGCAGCUGGAGAUGGGGCCCAACAGAGUGGCCCAACAACAGAAGACUGCUUCAGAUUCCAUAUCAUAGAAGAACCUUACGCCAAACUGCAGUUUUCAACCAGGAAACUGCAAUGCUACAGUUGGAGGGAGAACAUCUUAGGAGGGACUGCCCAAAUUUCUCUAGCAGUUCUAGAGGAGGCUCCAGCACUGGCAAGUGCUAUGUAUGCGAGCAUACUGGCCAUUUUGCACGUGUGUCACCAGUUGGAGGUGCACCGGCUAAGAAACCAGUCGGAGAUCAACCUAGAGCACUAGGGCGUGUGUUUGCACUGACGACCACUGAGGCGACUCAGUCACGUAACCUGGUGCAGAAUUCUUAUUUACUCUUUGGUAACAGUGUGGUUGUGUUGUAUGACUCAGGAGCUACCCAUUCAUUCGUAUCCAAUGAAUGUGUGAGGAGGCUCGGACUUAUGAUGCGAGAGCUGGGGUGCAAGUUAAUAGUCGCGACACCGGCGUCAGGCGAGGUAUCCACCAGCUUUGUUUAUGUGGGAUGCCCUAUGGAGGUGGCGGGUCGCAGGUUCAAGGUGAAUCUCAUCUGCCUGCCAAUGGAGGGUCUGGACGUAAUUUUGGGGAUGGACUGGUUGUCGAGCAACCAUGUUGUCAUCGAUUGCAGACAGCGCGGAGUAGUGUUUUCGGAUGCGGCGGGAUUAGAGCUUAUAUCAUCUAAUCAGGCAGUGAAGGAGAUUGUCGCUGGAGCUACCUGCUUUAUGAUAGUGGCUCAGACAGAAAAGAAGAGCAUUGUAGAGCAAAUUAUCCUGAUUCUAGUAGUUGAGAAGUAUGUUGAUGUGUUCCCAGACGAGAUACCAGAAUUGCCACCGAGAAGGGAUGUGGAUUUCACCAUUGAUCUCAUCUCUGGAGCUGGUCUAGUAUCUAUGGCACUGUAUCGGAUGGCGCCAGUCGAGUUGGCAAAGUUGAAGAAGAAGAUUGAAGACCUACUUGAGAAAAAUUUUAUCAGACCGAGUGCAUCGCCAUGGGGAGCACCGAUACUCACCUACUUGGUAAAACUUCCUUAG